AUACAUUCUACCUGUGUAUGACAUUGAACCCGGAACAAGCAAAUCAUUUGGCGGAGAUUAGCCAGUACACUGUAAAAAUAGGGUGAUAAUUGUCAUCUUGUCGAGACGAUCCCACAAUUUAGCACAGGUUUAAGGCAUCAGUUUUACAGACCAAUCCAGAAUGAACGGAAUCUGCGUAGUCUUGUGUGCGUUCCUUGCAGUGGGCGCUGCUCAUGUGCUGACUCCUUUUUACACUUCUUUGCUUGGCACUAGCGACCCGAGUGCCGCUGCUGCACAGGCUCAGGCACAAGCUCAGGCUGCUGCACAGGCUCAGGCACAAGCUCAGGCUUCUGCACAGGCAUCUGGAGGUGUUGUUGCUACUGGGCCUUAUUAUGUCCCAGGUACAGCAUAUCCUGCUGCUGGAUCUAUGACCCCUGCUUUCGUUCCUUUGUUCGGAACCAGUGGUGGGAGUUUCGCUACUGCACAGGCUCAAGCUCAAGCCCAGUCUGCCGCACAAGCUCAGGCACAAGCUCAGGCACAAGCUCAGGCUGCCGCACAAGCUCAGGCACAAGCUCAGGCUGCACAAGCACAAGCUCAGGCACAAGCUCAGGCUGCUGCUCAGGCUCAGGCACAAGCUCAGGCUAUUUCUAUGAGUAGCCCAGCCGUGUACCGACCGCAAUUCCUAAGGAGGAGGCCAUUCUAUCCUGUCAAUCCAAAGGGAUUCUAUUGAUCUUCAAAAAUAACAUUUGGGUCAAGCAAAGCCGUUCAUGAAGAUGGAGGACUGAAACAAACUGAUGGAUUCUUCUCCCUGGGAUUGUAAACGGAACAUUAUAUUAUUCAAAAUAAAUAACAUAUGCCAUGAA